CUGACGUCGCUGGCCGGUCGUCGCGUCAGGGCUGUCCGGCGGCAGUGGCUGCGGAGCCUGAGGCGAUGGCAGCGGAAUCCGAGCGGGCUUGAGGGCUCGGACCCAGCUCCCUCCCGCGCAAUUCCGGGCCGACGGGAAGCCAAGGCCCCAGCUCACUCCGCUCCUGCUCCCUCCGCGGCCGCUGCCUGGGUGCGGGCGGAGGCGGAGGCCCGGGCUGGCCGCCCCACUCGAGCCCCGGCUCGGCCCCGGACGGCCCGGCUGCUGUGCGGAGAGGAGGCCGAGUCGGUAGUGAAAAGAGAAUACUGAAGAAUAGGAUCUCAAGAUGAGUAAAAAGCCCCCAAAUCGUCCUGGAAUCACUUUUGAGAUUGGUGCUCGUUUGGAGGCACUGGACUACUUACAAAAAUGAUCUAAAGAAAAGGAAAAGGAAAAGGAAAGAUUAAAAAAAUGUGGAGAUGUCUCAAAGUAUCAGAGUUUGAUAGAACAGGAUAAAUUUGAAUUGGCAAAUGCUGUUUCCACACAUUUGGAGGUUUAUGAACUGUAUGGAACAUUUGCAAAUGUAUCCAUCACGAAUUGAAAAAAUUGACUAUGAAGAGGGCAAGAUGUUAGUCCAUUUUGAGCGUUGGAGUCAUCGCUAUGAUGAAUGGAUUUACUGGGAUAGUAAUAGGUUGCGACCCCUUGAGAGACCUGCACUAAGAAAAGAAGGACUGAAAGAUGAAGAAGAUUUCUUUGAUUUUAAAGCUGGAGAAGAAGUCCUGGCUCGUUGGACAGACUGUCGCUAUUAUCCUGCCAAGAUUGAAGCAAUUAACAAAGAAGGAACAUUCACAGUGCAGUUUUAUGAUGGAGUAAUCCGUUGUUUAAAAAGAAUGCACAUUAAAGCCAUGCCAGAGGAUGCUAAGGGACAGUUUCUGUUCCAGGUGAAAUCCCAGCAUCCACUAAGCUGGUGUUGUCCUAUCGACCCAGCUGGAUCGUGUAACCAGUCUAUGGGAAGUGAGGAUUGGAUAGCUUUAGUAAAAGCAGCUGCUGCAGCCGCAGCCAAGAAUAAAACAGGGACUAAACCUCGAACCAGUGCUAACAGCAAUAAAGAUAAAGAUGAGAGAAAGUGGCUUAAAGUACCUUCAAAGAAGGAUGAAACUUCAACUUGUAUAGCCACACCUGAAGUUGAGAAGAAGGAAGAUCUACCUACAUCUAGUGAAACAUUUGUAGGACUUCAUGUAGAGAGCGUUCCAAAGAUGGUCUUUCCACAGCCAGAGAGCGUAUUAUCAAACAAGAGGAAAAAUAACCAUGGCAACUCAUUUCAGGCAAAGAGAGCUCGACUUAACAAGAUUACUGGUUUGUUGGCAUCCAAAGCUGUUGGGGUGGAUGGUGCUGAAAAAAAAGAAGACUACAAUGAAACAGCUCCAAUGCUGGAGCAGGCGAUUUCACCUAAACCUCAAAGUCAGAAAAAAAGUGAAGCUGACAUUAGCAGUUCUGCCAACACUCAGAAACCUGCACUGUUAUCCUCAACUUUGUCUUCAGGGAAGGCUCGCAGCAAGAAAUGCAAACAUGAAUCUGGAGAUUCUUCUGGGUGUAUAAAAUCCCCUAAAUCACCACUUUCCCCAGAAUUAAUACAAGUCGAGGAUUUGACGCUUGUAUCUCAGCUUUCUUCUUCAGUGAUAAAUAAAACUAGUCCUUCACAGCCUGUGAAUCCCCCUAGACCUUGCAAACAUAGUGAGCGGAGAAGAAGAUCUCAGCGCUUAGCCACCAUUCCCAUGCCUGAUGAUUCUGUAGAAAAGUUUUCUUCUCCCUCUCCAGCCACUGAUGGGAAAGUAUUCUCCAUCAGUUCUCAGAAUCAGCCAGAGUCUUCACUACCAGAGGUGCCUGAUGCUACACGUGUGCCACUUGAGAAGCUAGUACCAUGUCUCCCAAUUGAUUUAAAUUGUGGUUCAGAAGUUACAGCACCGCUAGUUCCAGAUUCCUCUUUCCGUAAUCAGUGUUCCAGGGGAGAAAAGGAAGAUCCACAGAUGCUUGCAAAUCUUUUUUCCAAAGCAGUAACUGAUGGCCGAGGAGCUCCAGCACCAGCAGGAAUAUCAAAACCAGAAAAAAAAGUGAAAUUGGAAGAAAAAAGUUCAACUACAUUUGGAAAGAGGAAAGAAAAGGAUAAGGAAAGAAAAGAGAAGCGAGACAAAGAUCACUACAAGCCAAAACAGAAGAAGAAAAAGAAAAAGAAAAAGAAAUCUAAGCAGCAUGACUACUCAGACUAUGAAGACAGUUCCCUAGAAUUUUUGGAAAGGUGCUCUUCUCCACUAACUCGAUCUUCUGGGAGUUCUCUGGCCCCACGAAGCAUGUUUACGGAGAAAACUACAACUUAUCAGUACCCAAGGGCAAUUCUGUCCGUUGACCUUAGUGGUGAAAACUUGUCAGAUAUGGAGUUCCUAGAUGACUCUUCAACGGAGAGCUUGCUUCUGAGUGGGGAUGAGUACAAUCAGGAUUUUGAUUCAACCAAUUUUGAGGAAUCUCAGGAUGAAGAUGAUGCUCUUAAUGAAAUUGUACGAUGUAUUUGUAAAAUGGAUGAAGAGAACGGCUUCAUGAUCCAGUGUGAAGAGUGUCUGUGCUGGCAGCACAGUGUGUGCAUGGGACUACUGGAGGAGAGCAUUCCGGAGCAGUAUAUCUGCUACAUCUGCCGGGACCCUCCAGGUCAGAGGUGGAGUGCAAAAUACCGUUAUGAUAAGGACUGGUUGAAUAAUGGGAGAAUGUGCGGGUUAUCAUUUUUAAAAGAAAAUUACUCUCAUCUCAAUGCCAAAAAGAUAGUUUCCACACAUCAUCUGCUUGCUGAUGUGUAUGGUGUGACGGAAGUGCUGCACGGGUUACAGCUGAAGAUCGGAAUUCUAAAGAAUAAACAUCAUCCUGACCUUCAUCUGUGGGCUUGUUCUGGGAAACAAAAGGACCAACAUCAAGUAAUAGCUGGAGUGGAGAAAAAAAUCACAGUUCAAGACACAGCUAAUUUAGAAGAAAAGAAACAUGUACAAAACCAUAAGGAACCACAUCAUUUUCCCCUGAGAAUGGAGGGAACUUACAUAACAAGUGAACACAGCUAUCAAAAGCCACCAAGUUUUGGUCAGGACCACAAAUCUCUUGUAGAUCCUGGCAGCUCUGAUGAUGAUGUUAGCAGUUUUGAAGAAGAGCAAGAAUUCUACUUGGGAGCUAGGAGCCAUUCCCAGUAUUCUGCAAGAGAGUAUGGAAUGCCAGAAAAGAAGAAGCCAACUUUAGGAAAUAAGGCAUCUGUUUAUAAUGAUAAAAGAAGCACUGAAGACCCUGGGGACUCACAUCUUCAGUGGCAGCUCAAUCUCCUUACACACAUAGAGAACGUGCAAAAUGAAGUCACCAGCAGGAUGGACCUCAUAGAAAAAGAAAUGGAUGUUCUGGAAAGCUGGCUUGAUUUUACGGGGGAGUUGGAGCCACCAGAUCCUCUCGCAAGACUGCCCCAACUUAAACGUCACAUAAAACAGCUCCUAAUCGACAUGGGCAAAGUACAGCAAAUAGCAACUCUUUGCUCUGUAUGACAACAGUGAACACUUAGUGACAAGAGUAUGGCUUUCCAGUCCAAUCAUUUUUAUUAUUCACAUGAUUACUAAGUAUAUACUUUAAAAGCUUAGUAAUGUUUGGUCAUUUACUGAUUUGUAAUGUCAAUAAGAUGGCACCUUGAAAGAAAACGAGGAGCAACUUUAUCAAGGAAGUGAAUAUUAAAAAUAUAAGCAGGCUGCAAAUGACAAUGUUUUAUAUGCCAAGGAUCAAUGGAAUAGAAUUAGAAUAUAAUCUAUACUAAGAAGCAUAUUGGCAGGAGUUUGCUUAUAUGAAAUUUUAGAUACCUGUAGAAAGAAAUAUGGUGCAUUUAUAUAGUUUUUAGUAGAAAGUUCUAUGUUUAUAAACCAGCAUUUGGCCAAAAUUAAAAUUAACGGAAAUUUAAAUUCUGGAGACUUCUGUAAGGUUUCUCUAAGAACUGCCUUCUCAGCAGUUGGAUCCAGCUGCACAGAAAUUUAGGUUAUUUAAACUUCCAUAGGAUCAUGAGUUGUUUCUUGGGUGAUGAAUGUAUUUAAUCAGAAAACUGACUUUAGAAAUCUCACUUUUGAGGAAAACAAUUGUGGAAUUCUCACUUCAUUAUGAAUGUAUUUAAAAAAAAAAAAACAAGCACCAAAUAAUUGGAAUUUACUGCAGGCACUAAGCUCAUUAAAAACAAACUAGCUUGCAGAAAGAUCCCAUGUGCCAAAUGUUGAUGAUACUGCUGGACAGAGGAUUUAAAUAUCGUGGGCAUUCUUCCACUCCACGUCUUACAUAAUACCAUGAGUCCAUCUGAAGCCUUUUUGUCACAUAUAUAACAUAGAUAGUUGAAUGGCAGUAUUCAGGCUUCAAUAUAACUGUUUGAUCCUGGAUAUGCUUGGUGUUUGCCUUCAGAAAAAAAAAAUUAUAAAUAACCUCAGCUGGGAUGAGGAGUGAAAAAUAUAUCAAAAUAAUUUGUGGCUGUGGAUUUUUCUUAACUGCUAGUAGUGGAAUACUGGAAAAGGUUUGUUUUGGAAGAUGAAUUUUAUUUUUAAAUAAUACACAUGCACUCAGACUAUUAGCUUUGAUCGAGAAUGGACAGAUUUUCUGAAACCAAAGGCAACAAAGUUGCUGUUUUAGCUCUUGCUGGAUUUUGAGCCUAGGUCCUACUGUCUGCCAGUCCUCACAUGAGUUGUGUGUGCCCCCAGUGCUACAGAAGGAGGUAUGUGUAAGUGUGUAUGCUUGUUUUAAACAGACACUCAACAUGUACAUAACCAACACAUAUUUAUAUUGCACAUAUCUAGUUUUAUUACUAUAGACUACAAAUUGGUGGUUAACAUGAAAUGUUGCCUUUUAACAGACUUUUUAAAAAUUAAAAAUGUAUGUACAGGUUUUGAAAUUUUUUAAGGGGGGAAAAGACUGUUAAGAGGAGGCAAUUUGAUGACAUAUAACACUUGAAUAUUUUAUGCCUCAUUCUGUUUAUCAGUUCGAGCCAUCUGUAUAGAUGCAUUUUAGAACUGAUAGCCAGUGAACUUGAAUUUAUCUUUGAUAAGAAUACAUGCCACUGUACAUUCAGAUAUUAUUUAAAUUUGCAAACACACUGUUCUAUAUGUAAGGUACUGUAUGUAAAAUUUUAUUAAAACUAUUCCUCAUAUCCUAAAAUUUCAUCUUGCCUUUUUGCGGCCUUAUGUUUUGAUGUAAAGAUUAAAAGAAUGUGCAAAGCCGUCAAAUUUUUAUUGCCUUUGAGAUUCUCCAACUUGACAAAUGUGCCAAAGAUUAACAUAAAUAUAAUCCUGUGUAUUUACUUGUGAUGCAUUAACUUUGUCAACAAUUUAUUGGUAAAUGAAAAGCUUUAGCAGAGGUCAUAUUGUGGGUAGCUGCUUAAAUUUGCAUAUUAAAAUACAAAACUAGUGCCUAUAUUCCAUGUGUGGAGUAAAUUUGCUAAUGUCUGCUUCAUGAUUGAUACUAUAUCUUUCACUUGUGUUGAAAACAAUGCAUCUGGACGUUGAAUUUGUGUCUUGGUUCUUACUGAAAUGGAGCCUUAGCACCCCCCCACCUGGGAAUCGUGAUAGUGCCUAGAUUGUUGUCAGGAAGUCAGAAGACCUUUGCAUCCCAUAGUACUCAUUUCCCUCAGUUCUGGUGAACUUGUGCAUUUGUUCUUGUUGCCAUUUCUAAUUCGAAAGUCUGAAAUCCUCCAAGGGCCCAAACUUUUGAGUGCUGACAGUAGAAAGUUGCGUACCUGACUUCAAGUAUGGGGUCACGGUCAAAAUACAGGCUCAUGAAAUAAUGCUAUAUGAAAUUACUUCUACACAGUAUGUUCAAAUUGUAUAUGAAUCAUGUAGAUUUAAAUUUCAUGCCGAAGCUUAUAUUAUGUAAAGCCAAGAUUCUGCCCCGCUCCUAAAGCUGUCAGAUCCCAAGUAUUUCUGGUCCCAGGUAUUUCUAGUAAGGGAUCCUAAACCUGUAUUAGUUGAUUUUGUUAGCAACUAGCAAGUUGGAAAUUGCAUUGAUAAGUUGUUAAAAGUUUUGCUGUCUCAUAUGUACGAGUUGGAAAUACAGUUUUUAAGUUG